AUGGGAUGUAGACUGGGGACUCACGUGUGGGACCCCGAGUCAGCAAGCCGACUACAAGGGGGGGGAGGAGCAGUCGCCUCAUUGCGAGGCAUCUUGAAGAUGGCGAAGAAAAAGGGCAAGGGCAAAGGCCCUGCCCAGAAGGUCGAUGUAGCGAAGCUACAAGAGGAGGCUAGGUUACAGCACAUUGAAGAGAGUACAACCCUCGUGCUACAAAAGGCGGGGCUUCCCCAGAAGGAAUUAUUGGAGGGUUGGAUAGAAGAGGCGGUGGAGAUUAAAAAGAGGUUAGAACAACCCAAAAUCCAAAAGAAAGAAAACCCUUCAUCCCAAAACUCUUAA